UAUUCUAUGAGUCAUUUGAUAAUUAGAACUACAAUUCAUAUAGUAUUUAAUUAGUUCUUGCAUCACAAGGAUUAAAAGAUUUGUUGUAAUCUUAUUUUAGAGUAAUAAGUUGAAACUUUAAGCAACAUUUUGGCAAUAGAUUUAAGUUGGAUAAGGGAAGCAAACAACGAUGGCCCUUUUAAGUAUUCACCCUCUCCCACAAGUGAGCAAUUUCUGUGUUAAAGCUCCCAGGGUUUUCGUGAACAACUCCACAUCUAAAAGAGCUGAAAAUCUAAAGAAGCCUUACAGCACCAAAUGCAGAACAAUGCAUGAUCAAGUAACACAUUCUAUGCCACCCGAAAAAAUCGAGAUUUUUAAUUCCUUGGAAAAUUGGGCAUCAGAGAACGUUUUGGUGUAUCUGAAGCCUGUUGAAAAAUGUUGGCAGCCACAAGAUUUUCUUCCUGAUCCGAAUUCAGACGGCUUUUACGAACAAAUCAAAGAGAUGCAGGGGAGAGCAAAGGAGGUUCCAGAUGAUUAUUUUGUUGUUUUGGUUGGACAUAUGAUUACUGAAGAAGCACUUCCUACUUACCAAACUAUGCUUAAUACUUUUGAUGGAGUGAGGGAUGAAACCGGGACUAGUCCGACUUCAUGGGCAACUUGGACUAGGGCUUGGACUGCUGAAGAAAAUAGACAUGGUGAUCUUCUUAACAAGUAUUUGUAUCUCUCCGGUCGUGUUGACAUGAGAGCCGUCGAAAAGACGAUUCAGUAUUUGAUUGGCUCAGGAAUGGACCCAAAAGGUGAAAACAAUCCAUAUUUGGGAUUCAUAUACACAUCGUUUCAAGAAAGGGCAACAUUCGUUUCACACGGCAAUGCAGCAAGACUAGCCAAACAACAGGGUGAUCUGAAGCUAGCACAAAUCUGUGGCCUUAUUGCAGCAGAUGAAAAACGCCACGAAAAUGCUUACAGCAAAAUAGUGCAAAAACUGUUUGAAAUCGAUCCUGAUACAACAAUGCUCGCUUUUGCUGAUAUGAUGAGGAAGAAAAUCUCUAUGCCGGCCCAUCUCAUGUAUGAUGGCCGCGAUUCCAACUUGUUUGAUCAUUUUGCUGCUAUUGCUGCUAGGCUUGGAGUUUACUCUGCCAGGGAUUAUGCUGAUGUUAUGGAGCACUUGGUGAAUUAUUGGGAAGUUGAGAAGCUCACCGGGCUUUCGCCGGAAGGACGAAAAGCUCAGGAAUUUGUAUGUGGUUUACCCCGAAGGAUCAAAAUUAUAGAAGAGAAGGCUCAAGACAGGGCAAAACAAGCACCUUCCCUUCCUUUAAGUUGGGUUUAUGAUAGAGAAGUUAGCCUUUAAGUUCUUUUUACUAGCAUAAAUUUGGAUGUACUAAAGUAAUUUAUGUUACAAUUUGGAGAAACUAAAGUUGGUUGUUUAUAUGUUGAUUUUUGUAUUUGUGCAUGUUAUGAUCAGCUAAUUAAGAAGGAUCCUAAUUCACUAGGCCACCUUGUUCUUUAAUUUGUUGUUAGUUCGGUAAUGUUCUUAUAUAUGUUGUUACAUAGUGGCCUUAUAUAAAAUUUUAUA